CCACUCAGCAAUAAAUCAAGCGGUGGCGGUGCCAGGCCCGAACAAGAGCUCCACAGCUGCGACCACUUCCAAUGAGCAAAAACGAAAGACUUCAAUUCAGUUUGGCGAAGACAACGAACUCGAAAAGAGCUUGCCGCGGACAACGGAAAAGACCGAAAGCAACAGCGACAGACAACAAAAUCACGUCUACGUCUGCGUCUCCGUCUCGAAAACGGUACGUGCGCGCAUGCGUCUGUGCGUUAGUGUGUGUGUGAGUGUGCUGGUGUAUGUGUGAGUGUGUGUAUAACUGGCUGGCUAAAAGCUUAAUGCAGCAGCAAUAAUAACAACAACAAGCAGCAGCAGCAACAGCAGUUACCAACACAACUCAGGCCAUAACAAGCUUAGCAUAUUGAAGAUUUCUGGCCAUAGCAGCAGCGACCGUGGGAGAUGUCUGCGGUGCGGCAUCGCCCGAUGGCACCGCCAGCCGCUGGCGGGGAGCAGGGCGACAGCGAUGACAAUAACUUCACCGACGAUGAGAGCUCACCGCUGACACACGAUAUUUAUGGCGGCAGUCAACGCACCAUACAGGAAACAAAAGGCUGGGAUGUAUUUCGUGAUCCGCCCAUUAAGAUUGAGACGGGCUCAACGGCGAACCAGGAGUGUUUAGAAUUAACCAUCAAGAUCUUAAAGAUCUUUGCCUAUAUUAUAACGUUUAUUAUAGUUUUAACGGGUGGCGUCGUAGCCAAAGGCACAGUGCUAUUUAUGACCUCGCAAGUGCGCAAGGAUCGCAAAAUCGAAUAUUGCAAUAAGGAUCUCGGUCGCGAUAAAAGCUUUGUGGUGCGUCUGCCGGAGGAGGAGCGCAUUGCUUGGAUCUGGGCGCUGAUCAUAGCGUAUUCUCUGCCCGAGAUUGGCGCCUUAAUUCGUUCGGUGCGCAUUUGCUUCUUCAAGACAUUCAAAGUGCCCAAGACGGGGCACUUUCUGUUUGUCUGGCUGAUGGAGAGCAUGAGCGCAUUGGGCACGGCGCUGCUAAUGUUUGUAGUGCUGCCGCAGAUCGAUGCCAUUCAGGGCGCCAUGUUGACGAACUGCCUCUGCGUCAUACCCGGCAUGUUUGGCCUGUUCUCGCGCACAUCCAAGGAGGGCAAGCGCUUUGUCAAGGUCAUCAUUGAUCUGGCGGCGAUAGCGGCACAAGUGACAGGUCUGGUUAUCUGGCCUCUGCUUGAGAAUCGUCGCGAGCUCUGGGUUAUACCCGUGGCCUGUGUGAUGAUCUCCUGCGGCUGGUGGGAGAACUAUGUGUCGCCGCAGUCACCAGUGGGCAUAGUGCGUGCGCUGGGACGCAUCAAGGAGGAGAUGCAUCAUACGCGCUACUUUUGCCACAUGUUCCUGUCGAUCUGGAAGAUACUCUUGUUCUUCUGCGUCACCAUGCUCAUUUUCUGGGCCAACGGCAGUGAGCCCAGCGAUCUGUUUAGCCUGUACGGCGAUGCGUUUGGCCCACACAAAAUUAUUGUCUAUGAGCUGCCAGCGGGAUUGGGCGGCGUGCUGCCCGAUACCUUGGAGGCGGCCAACAUAGACACCGUUGAUGUGGAUGCCGCCUACAAUACUGUGAUAUAUGUGCUGCUGCUGCAGAUCUUUGGCUCCUAUUUGUGCUACAUUUUUGGCAAGUUUGCCUGCAAGAUUCUCAUCCAAGGCUUCAGCUAUGCCUUCCCCGUCAGUCUAACUGUGCCCAUUGCGGUGUCCUUUUUGAUUGCCGCUUGUGGCAUACGCAUCGAUGAUCCUUGCUUCUUCCAUGACACCAUACCGGACUAUUUGUUCUUUACCAGUCCCUCCAACUUUAGAUUCAAUAAUUUUGUCACUGAGCAAAUGGCCUGGGCUUGGAUACUCUGGCUGCUAAGUCAAACUUGGAUAGCGUUGCACAUCUGGACACCCAAGUGCGAGAGAUUAGCGACGACUGAGAAGCUCUUUGUGCAUCCCAUGUACUCUGCUCUGCUGAUUGACCAGUCCAUGGCGCUAAACAGGCGACGUGAUGAUCAGGCGGAUGUUAAAACUGAGGAUCUAUCUGAGAUUGAGAAAGAGAAAGGCGACGAAUACUAUGAGACCAUUUCAGUGCAUACGGAUCGCUCAUCAGCGCCAAACAGACCCUCAAUUAAGAGUUCGGAUAACAUAACACGCAUCUAUACUUGCGCCACCAUGUGGCAUGAGACCAAGGAUGAAAUGAUAGAGUUCUUGAAGAGCAUUAUGCGCAUGGACGAGGAUCAGUGUGCGCGUCGUGUGGCGCAGAAAUAUCUGCGUGUCCUAGAUCCCGACUACUAUGAAUUUGAAACUCACAUAUUUUUCGAUGAUGCCUUUGAGAUUUCUGACCACAGUGACGAUGAUAUACAGUGCAAUCGUUUCGUUAAGCUACUUAUUGGCACCAUGGACGAAGCUGCAUCUGAGAUACAUCAGACAACGAUACGGCUGCGUCCGCCCAAGAAAUAUCCCACACCCUAUGGCGGCCGUCUGGUCUGGACGCUGCCUGGCAAGACGAAGUUUAUAGCGCAUUUGAAGGACAAGGAUCGCAUACGUCAUCGCAAGCGUUGGUCACAGGUCAUGUACAUGUACUAUCUGCUGGGCCAUCGCCUCAUGGAGCUGCCCAUAUCAGUGGAUCGCAAGGAUGCCAUUGCCGAGAAUACUUAUUUACUCACACUGGAUGGCGACAUUGAUUUCAAGCCUAAUGCUGUCACCUUGCUGGUGGAUUUGAUGAAGAAGAAUCGCAAUCUGGGCGCUGCCUGCGGACGUAUUCAUCCUGUGGGCUCAGGGCCCAUGGUGUGGUAUCAGCUGUUCGAGUACGCCAUUGGUCAUUGGCUGCAAAAGGCCACCGAGCAUAUGAUAGGCUGUGUGCUUUGUUCGCCCGGCUGCUUCUCGCUGUUCCGUGGCAAGGCUUUGAUGGACGACAAUGUGAUGAAGAAGUACACAACGAAGCCCACAGAGGCACGCCACUAUGUGCAGUAUGAUCAGGGCGAGGAUCGUUGGCUUUGCACCUUGCUGCUGCAGCGUGGCUAUCGUGUGGAGUACUCGGCUGCCUCAGAUGCCUACACUCAUUGUCCUGAGGGCUUCAAUGAGUUUUACAAUCAACGCCGUCGCUGGGUGCCUUCGACCAUUGCCAAUAUUAUGGAUCUGCUCGGCGAUGCCAAGCGCACAAUCAAGAUCAAUGACAAUAUCUCCAUGAUGUACGUUUUCUAUCAGAUGAUGUUAAUGGGUGGCACUAUACUGGGCCCCGGCACUAUAUUUCUUAUGUUGGUGGGCGCCUUUGUCGCCGCUUUUCGUAUUGACAACUGGACAUCUUUCCACUACAACAUUGUGCCCAUUUUGGCGUUUAUGAUAAUUUGCUUCACCUGCAAGUCGAAUGUGCAACUGUUUGUGGCACAGGUAUUAUCUACGUGUUAUGCCUUGAUUAUGAUGGCUGUCAUAGUGGGUACGGCGCUGCAGCUGGGCGAGGACGGCAUAGGUUCGCCUUCGGCCAUCUUCUUGAUAUCUAUGGUGGGCUCAUUCUUCAUAGCCGCAUGUUUGCAUCCGCAGGAGUUCUGGUGCAUAACAUGCGGCUUGAUCUAUUUGCUGUCCAUACCCUCUAUGUACUUGCUGCUCAUUCUGUACUCCAUCAUCAAUCUGAACGUUGUCUCUUGGGGCACACGCGAGGUGGUGGCCAAGAAGACCAAAAAGGAGCUGGAGGCGGAGAAGAAGGCUACCGAGGAGGCCAAGAAGCGCGUCAAGCAGAAGAGCAUGCUGAGUUUCUUGCAAAGCGGCAUAGGUGACAAUGAUGAUGAGGAAGGCUCUAUUGAAUUCUCGCUGGCUGGCCUCUUCCGUUGCGUAUUCUGCACACAUGGCAAGACGUCUGAUGAGAAGCAGCAGCUGACAACCAUUGCUGAGUCGCUGGAUACAAUUAAGAACCGCAUGGACACUAUUGAGAGCGCUGUGGAUCCACAUGGCCAUCAUGCACGACAUGGACAUCAUAACAGGCGUCGCACAACUUCUGGAGGCUCCAAGGAUCAUCAUUUGCUGUCAUCGGUGGCUGAGAAGUCGGGCGAUGAGUCUGAUGAAUCUGAUUCGGAUACGUCAGCGGAGCCCAAGCAGGAGCGCGACUUUUUGACCAACCCAUACUGGAUUGAGGAUCCUGAUGUGCGCAAGGGUGAGGUGGACUUCUUGUCUAGCUCGGAGAUACAGUUUUGGAAGGACCUCAUUGACCAGUACUUGUAUCCCAUUGACAACGAUCCCGUGGAGCAGGCUCGCAUAGCUAAAGAUCUCAAAGAGCUGCGCGAUUCGUCGGUGUUUGCUUUCUUUAUGAUCAAUGCGCUCUUCGUGCUGAUCGUGUUCCUGCUGCAGUUGAACAAGGACAACAUACACGUCAAGUGGCCCUUUGGCGUGCGCACUAAUAUCACCUACGAUGAAUCCACACAAGAGGUGCACAUUUCCAAGGAGUAUCUGCAACUGGAGCCCAUAGGUCUGGUGUUUGUGUUCUUCUUUGCCUUGAUUUUGGUCAUACAGUUUACUGCCAUGUUGUUCCAUCGCUUUGGCACCAUCUCCCAUAUACUGGCAUCCACAGAGUUAAAUUUCUGCAAGAAAAAGUCAGAGGAUCUAACUCAAGAUCAACUUAUAGACAAGCAUGCGGUGGAGAUAGUCAAGAAUCUGCAGCGCUUGCAAGGCAUCGACGGUGACUAUGACAAUGACUCUGGCUCAGGACCUGAUCGCAUAGCCAGACGCAAGACUAUACAAAACUUGGAGAAAGCGCGUCAGCCGCGACGUCAAAUCGGCACACUGGAUGUGGCGUUCAAGAAGCGUUUCCUCAAGCUCACGGCAGAUGCUGAAAAUAAUCCAGCCACGCCCAUUUUGACGCGUCGUCUAACGAUGCGAGCAGAGACCAUACGGGCGCUGGAGGUGCGCAAGAACUCGGUAAUGGCAGAAAGACGCAAAUCGGCAAUGCAAACGUUGGGCGCCAAAAAUGAAUAUGGCAUUACGACAGCUCUGCCGAUGAUGAAUAAUAAUGGCGCUGUGCCAAAUCCGCGCAGCGGACGCAUUUCCAAUGCUGGCAUUAGCAUUAAAGACGUGUUCAAUGUCAAUGGCGGACCUGCUGAGCAAAUUUAUGGCUCUAAUGGCGGCGGCACUAUCAAUCAGGGCUAUGAGCAUGUCAUUGAUGAGGACGGCGAUGGCAACUCGCUGCGCCUGACCACACGCAAUCCGCAUCAAGUGUCCUGGAGCCAGAACACCAAUGGCAACAACACGGGACGCUUGUAAACUAUUAACGCAAUUGUUAAGUUAGCAAUUUUAAACAAUUUUUUCCACGCCUCUUACACAAAUACUAUCGCCUCGAAUUAGAGCUUAUAGUCAAGAUAUUAAUUUGUAAUUUGUAUAUAGUUAUAAAUGAAAACGGUACGAUGCACAACGAAUAUUAUGAUUAGCUAAUCACACUGCCAGUGAUCUGUAUUCGAAUGGUUAUGUGUGUGUGUUUGUAAUAACGCUCAUACGAGUAUACUAUAACAAUAGUUAGGUUAGGUUUUGUAAGAAAUUGUGAUGCUGUUGACCAUGGCCCACAAUACCAGUGUAUGCUGACACAUAAUACUCACUGUAAAGCUGAUUUUGAAAGUACAGCAGCUAAUUGCCCUAUUUAUAUAGUAAUUUUUGUAAAACUGAUUUGUUAAGUGUACAACUUUUGAUACUUUUAAAUAUAUACAAUAUGUGAAAU